AAUCCGGGCAACUGCGUUCACUCCCGUCACGAUUUGGAGUCGGCACAUUAUGCGGACUCAGGCCUCGUCUACGAGUGAAAUCGAGGAACGUUCGGACUGCAUGCAACUCCAUUAUUACUUUAUCGUGUGGGAAGGGUAAUGGAAAUACCAUCGCCAUCGUCAAACCCUGCCAGUGACUACAUCCAUGUAGCGCCUACGCCAAAAUCUGUCUCCAGAAUAUCUUCUGUGCCGGAAACCUAUGCAUCAAUUCGACCGCGCUGGGUGCUCUACGCCAACGUUUUGGUGUCGCUGCUGCAGCCUCUGCAAUACGGAUGGUCAACGUCGCAACUGAAUCUGAAUACUUUCAACGACGAAGACGAAUGCAACGCCAGACCAGUGGCCCCGGACACUUGCCUCAUGUUCCCUGGACACACCAAAGCCCAAUGGACUAUCGCCGUCAGUGCCUGGAUCUUUGGUGGAAUGCUCGGCGCUCUCGUCAUCGGACGCGUCUCCAACAAAUUCGGUCGCAAGCGGAUCAUGAUGACUAAUUGCGUCUUCAUGAUCACCGGCGCAGUAGUACAGGCCAGCGCUUCUAGUAUUUGGAUGUUUAUUGGAGGACGAGUGGUUUCCGGUGUCGCGUCAGGCGGUGCAACUGCAGUUAUCCCUGGAUUCAUCAGCGAGAUUUCCCCUCCAAACCUCCGCAACAACCUCGGUGUAGGCUUUCAGAUGGCCAUCACGAUCGGUAAUUUAUUUGUGGCAAUUAUUUUUUUCUUUGCCGACACAAAAAGUGGCUGGCGCUACAUUGCGGGAUUUCCCGUUAUUUUGGCGACGUUGUUCUUGUUAGUAGCACCUUUCAUUAUUGUCGAAAGUCCCGCGUGGCUAUUAGUGGUGGGAAAGCAACAGCUCGCGGAACGAGAACUGGCACGUCUUUUUGGCGAAGAGAACGUGUACCUUGCCAAGACGUGGCUUCAGCAGGACCACCUGACUUCCAGUAGUGCACUACCGAAGGAAUCGACCGCGUCAUUAUCUCCAGAUUCAGAUAAACCGUUCACGUUUGCUCGAUUGUUUUCGCCGGUGCUUAUUCGGCAGCUCUUGACAGCUAUCGGAAUUGCUGGAGCCCAGCAACUCACGGGUAUUAAUGCCGUUUUCUUCUACUCGUCCACAUUGUUUGAGCAAGCCGGCAUAUCGGACGACCGGUUUGGCAUCGCGGCCGUUAACUUCGUCAACGUGCUGCCAACCUUAUUUUGUGGGAUACUGGCGGCGCGUUUAGGAAACCGUAAGCUGAUGUUAUACGGCUUAGCCGGGAUGUUCUUGAGUGCAUUGGGUAUCACGGCGUCGCUUGUUGCCAGUUUGCCUGCUCUCGCGAUCGUAUUCACGGCAACUUACGUCACUGCGUUCGGCUCAAGUCUCGGUUCUCUGGCGUGGGUUGUCAUGGCUGACCUCUUCCCGGAUGAAGCUCGACCUAUGGGCAACUCUGUAUGCGUGGGAUGUAGCUGGUUGUCGAAUCUCACGGUGGGUCUGAGCUACCCCUACAUUGCUGCGGCCUUGGGCGACUUUAGCUUCACACCGUUCAUGUGUACUGUGGCGCUAUCGUACGUAUUUGUGUAUUCGUUCGUACCAGACACGUCCGGGAAGACAAUGCAGGAGAUUCAAGAUGAGUUUUACGCACGGCGGGCGUCGAAAAACAAGUCGGAGUUGGCGAAUCUACAUGUAUAG